UUACUGUUAACUUACAACAAAACAAAUCUCUUUUGAAAUUCCGUCGGAAUAAUUCAGAAAUACAUACGUUUUACUGUUUUAGAAACAAAAGUGGUCCAUAAAGUAACAGUUCCAAAAUAAAUUUUCCAAUUGUCCUUUAUCGUUAGACAAGCGAGGUUGUUCUAAAUGAUAAAUAGAAUAGACAUAAAAUUUGCAAUAUCGAUUAUUUUAGUGUAGUUUAUCUGUCUGGCCGAUUACACAGACAGUCUGUUAUCAACAUUCAAAAAAGUAGAUCCAAAACGCCACAGUACUAACGGAACGCUGCUCUAUAACUAAACACUGGUAGAACAACCAAUUUAGUUGUCAUGGUGCAAAGUGUAAUAUUUUGCAUAUUUAUUUUAUCUGCACUUGAAGUGAGUGCGAAUAACACAACAAAUUUAUGUAAUUCGUUUUCAACAUGUGGAGAAUGCAUACGAUCUCCAUAUUGCGCGUGGUGCUCGGAGGAGGGAGCGGAUAAUGCACCCCGAUGUUUCAAACCUAACUUACACCUACCCUACAUUGCCGAACUUUGCUCGGAAGAUCAAGUUUAUUUUCCGGCAGGUACGAUAUCUUGGGACGAUUCGUCGACAGGUCAAUUAUCUCCUCAGAUAAUUAACUUACAGUUAAGAGUAAAUGAACCUCUCUACUUUGUGAUCCAUUUUGAUAAGGCUGCCAAUGAUACGGAUAUAUCAAUAGUAUUGAAUGAUAACUCAUCCCCGUAUUUAAGCGUGGAGUACAUUUCAAAAUGUUUAGGGAGCUAUGUGGAGACCAACGUUUAUUGCACCAACAGUAUUGUACUUGAGGCCUCCAGGCAUCUUCACUUCAACGUAAAGGUGGAAUUGACCAAGUGUCCCAAUGGAUAUAAGGAGCGAUAUCAAAAGUUCCAGAUAUUUUCAGAAAAUAGUACCAAAUCGGUAGAUGUGAACGUUGAAACGUUUUGCACUUGCCCAUGCGAAAAUCCCGGAUUUUUGGGAUAUCAAUUGAAGGCGAAGCAAUGCAACAACGUUGGAACAUUAAAAUGUGGAGUUUGCGAGUGCGAUUUAGCCCACACCGGUAAAUAUUGCGAAUGCUCAGUGAGCGAGCUGACCGAAUUGGGUUGUAAAGCAAAUAAUUCGACCGACGAUGUUGACUGUUCCGGAAGAGGAACUUGUGUAUGUAAUACAUGUGAAUGCGAAAUCACCAGUAAUAUUAGGAAGAAAAUUUGGGGAGCGUUCUGCGAAUGCGACAAUUUCUCUUGCGACAGACACAACGGUAAGAUGUGCGCUGGAAAUGGUAUAUGCACUUGCGGUCAAUGUUCGUGUGAUUCCGGGUAUAGUGGAAACGCAUGUGAAUGCACUAACUCGACAACUCCUUGUUAUCCCCCAUUUAAAAAAGAUGCGCUGAUGUGCAAUGGACAUGGUGAAUGUAUUUGCGGCAGGUGUGAAUGUGAUGCGAUGGAGGAUGGAAAAUUUUAUGGAAAAUUUUGCGAAAAUCAUCCGCGCAGAGCAAAUACAUGCAAGAAUCUGGCCACUUGUGUCUUGUGCCAAGUGUAUCUCCAAGGUCCUUACAAUAGUACGGAGUGUGCCGAAAAAUGCCCAUUCGCAAUUACUGUAGUGGAUCAGUUGAAAGUUGGUGCUACCGACAAGGAUUUCUUGUGCACUGGACAAGAUGAAAAUGGAUGUGCUCAUGUGUUUAAGUAUCAAAACAACACAAAUGUCUUUAAUAUUACUGCCCAAAAGGACGUGCAAUGCGUAUGAAUUGAAUUCGAUUAAUUUAUGGUAGUCAAGUAUUUGUAACUGUGAAGUUAAAUAAAUGCCGCUUUUUGUUUUGUU